AAGGCUGCAAUUCUAUUAUCAAAUUUGUUCUUCAGGUGGCAAAUGGAACCAGAGGCGUUUCAGAGGAAUUUUGAUCCCAGAGAAUUUCCCGAGUGUACUUUACUGCUGUAUGAAAUCCACUGGGAUAACAACACCAGUAGGAACUGGUGUACAAACAAACCUGGCCUCCAUGCUGAAGAAAAUUUUUUGCAAAUUUUUAAUGAGAAAAUAGAUAUCAGGCAGGACACACCAUGCUCUAUCACUUGGUUUCUGUCUUGGAGUCCUUGUUAUCCAUGCAGCCAGGCUAUAAUUAAGUUCUUGGAAGCACACCCUAACGUGAGCCUGGAGAUAAAAGCUGCUCGGCUGUACAUGCAUCAAAUCGACUGUAACAAGGAAGGCCUCAGGAAUUUAGGUAGAAAUAGAGUUUCUAUCAUGAAUCUACCUGAUUAUCGCCACUGUUGGACAACAUUUGUGGUUCCUAGAGGGGCAAAUGAAGAUUAUUGGCCACAGGAUUUCUUACCAGCCAUAACAAAUUAUUCCAGGGAACUUGACUCAAUUCUUCAGGACUGAACUUUUUACGGAUUUAACCUCUGACAAUGCUGUUACUGAUCUGUGCUCUAAAGCCCUUUGCUAUCAGAUUGUCCUUCCUGGGUGUAACAGUCCCAAGUGGAAUUUCAAAGAAACCUGUGCAAAAACCUUUCCUCAAAACCAAUCACAUAUUUUUAUAAAUCUUUCAAUGAAAUAUCUGUGUAUGUUUAGAUUUUAAAUCCAGCAGUUCAGUGAUUCUCAAUCCUUUUUAAUUCUGUGACCCCUUAAUACAGUUACUCAUGGUGUGGUGACCCCCCAAUCAUAAAAUUAAAUUUGUGGCUACUUCAUAAUGUAAUUGUGCUGCUGUUUUGAAUUGUAGUAUAAAUAUCUGAUAUGCAGGAUGUAUUUUCAUUGUUACAAAUUGAACAUAAUUAAAGCAUAAUGAUUAAUCACAAAAGCAAUUUGUUUGGGAGAGUAUGGACAAUGGAUGAUGGGAUUUGUAGUAACCUUCAACCAAUUCAACACUGACUUCCACAAACCCAACCCCCCCCCCCCCCCCCCCCACGAAUGAAAGAGCUGGACCAAACUUGGCACAUAGAAUCUCCAUGACCAACAGAAAAUAUUGGAGAGGUUUGGGAGGAAUUAACAGUGAUUUAAUAGUAAUAGGAUCCUAGACUUGCUAGAGACCUCCAAGGGCCAUCACAGUCAAAGCCCCACAACAGAUGGCCAUUCAACCUCUGAAUAAUAAUAAUAAUAAUAAUAAUAAUAAUAAUAAUAAUAAUAAUAAUAAUAGAAUCCUAAAGUAGGAAGAUAAUUCCAAGUGCCACCCAGUCCAACCUCCAUCUGCCAUAAAGUAAAAUCACAAUCAAAGCACUCUUGACAGAUGACCAGUCUGCCUCUUCUUAAUAAUGAUAAUGAUAAUAGAAUCCUAAAGUAGGAAGAAACCUCCAAGAGCCAUCUAGUCCAACCUACAUCUGCCUUAAGGAAAAAGCACAAUCAAAACACUCCUGACAGAUGGCCGGUCUUGUCAGCAAAGGUAAAAACCUUAGGUUGCAGAGUAUCAAAAGAAAAAUAUAAUAAAGCUGCAGCAGAAACAAAGCCCCGAAGUAAUGUGGUUAAAUAAGAAGCAUAAAGUCAUCUUACUUUGUUGCUGUAACAGAAGCAUAAUACAGGAACAAAAGACUCAGAGAGAGAAUACAGGCAGAAUGCAGAGAAUAUAUAAAUGAAAAACAUAGCUCCACCUGUAUCUGAUUGAUAAAGCUCAAAAUACAAGCAUACUACCAGUUAAAGGUACAUACCUACUGACUAAACAUGAACUAUAUAAUUUUGCAAACAUUAUAAUACUUUCAACAGGUCUGGCUCUGUUUAAUCAUUACAAUGAUAAUAAUAGAAUCCUAAUGUAGGAAGAGAUCUCCAAGGGCUAUCCAGUCCAACCUCCUUCUGCCAUAAGGGAAAAGCACAAUCAAACCAUAAUAAGAAUAGGAAUUGUGGUUCACCCGCAUCCAAAGAACACUUAAUAGCGAACAACGGGACCACUGCUUUUAGAUUAAUUUGACAUUAUUAUCCAAGGAUUCACCACCGCCUGAGAUUGGUCUGCACAUCCAGAUAAGGCAUUUCCAUCUGUUGCAGCUCCACCAGAAGCUCCUUUCCAAUCUCCUGACUCCACUGGCCACUUUGUAACCAAGCCCCUAAUAAAGUGUAUCCCCUUUUUCUUUUUCA